CCACAACACAUUAUUUCACCCCCCAUUUCACACACACAACACUUUCCAAUUGUGGAUUGAUCCGCUGAAGACCGCAUGCCACUCUAAUGCUAAUAAUAAUAGUCAUAAUAAUACAACACACAACUCAUCCAUCCAACUAAUAAUACAACUAAUCCAAUUUUGAACACUACAACCUCUUUUUCCUAUAGCUACCACAUACAUCCACCACACCCACUUCAACCGUAAGAGACGCCACCACAUCCCCAUUGCUCACUGGCUACUCAAGCCUAAUUUCUAAAUCCAAUCCUAAUCUCGUCAUUAGUUACAGCACACACUUACCAAUUCGGCAGGCCGAGGCCGCCCAUGUUCGUAACACCAAAUCGCACAUUGCAUCGCGCAUCUUGUACAGCUCAAGGAUCCCAAAUCUGUCAUUGUCAUUCAACCGGUACCCUACUCUGCCACAAAUUACUUCUUCUAGCUUGUGCUCAGUUUCUCAUGCUCAUGCUCAUGCUCAUCCACAAUAACCUCUUACUCCGACACAAAAUACUUCCCCGCGAGACCUUCCUGUCUAUGAUAUCCGACCCUUUGUGUGUAGCAGAGAAGACGACGGCGCAAUGCUUCCAACUCCACUGACUCCACCUUACGGAAGUUCGGCAGACAAUAUCGAGAAUGAUUCAUCCAGUGGUCGCAUAUUACCAGAUGCACCGGAAACUCCCCAUACAAAUCACCCUUUGUCGCUGGCAACACCGACGAGCAAUUCAAGUAUGAUCCCCAACGGCCCUAACGAAGCAUAUACACCAGGAACCCGUUCCUUUCCCGAGGAUAUGAUGGAAGAAUCAGAUCAGGAUAUGUCUGAUGGAGGAGCGCCUUUGACAACGAUAGCCUCACAUGCAGAAGAGCUCAACACUGCAAUGGAGGCAGUAGGUUCUGAGAUAAUGGGCCAGUAUAACCUGGUAGGACCGCAUCAUCAUCCUCAAAUUCAAUCUUUAACCAAUCCUUUCUCUACACAAACAUCCUUGGGUGAAUUGGAUGUUCCAUCAGGACCCGGGGGUAGCUCAUCCCAACAUGAGGGAGAUACACCUUUACCUUUACUCGAGGCCAAUAGUACUACGGAUUUCCCAGCUGUAAUGUCGGGAGUUUUACAACAACUGCAACAUAUUCAGGAUGGGCAGGAACAUGGUGAUUUUGAGUCGGCUUCAGAUGAACAUCAUGAUACGUUCAUAAAUCACAAUCAGAGUACAUUAUCCCCUGCUUCAUUUGUUAAUGAUUUCCUUAUGCCAGAUCCUCCUCUUCCAGUAGAAGGGGGUUUAGCACUCCUAAAUGUGGAGACGCCAAUUAUUUUAUCCGCUGGGCCAGAAUCAAAUGACCAGGGGCCUGAUUUUAAUCAGGGUCUUGAAUAUAUUAUUGACCUUGACAUUGACUAUGAUGCUGACCAUGACUUUGACACUGAUGCUGACGUAGCUCAAGUUGACAACCAAUUCAACAUGAAUCUCGGCGACUUUCUUAGCGACUGGGCAACAACUGUACCCCGCAAAGUCGCAGGGCAAUCCAAAAGGGGGGUUCCUUCACAAGCUGCUAUCACUAGUCAUAUUCUUGCCCGAGAUCUUAUGCCCAUGCGAAGGUGUGAUCUUCAGGGCGAUGACUGUGAUAUUCAGAGAAUCGAUUGGAAAGACUUAGGUGUGACACGACUGGAAGCCAGGCAAAGGCGCCGGGCUACCUAUAAGAAUUAUACCAACCUCAUAUACCCCAACCGCCCACUGCUUUAUGUAAGUUCACUCGUGCUUCUAGCAUAGGUAUUGUAUUAAUAGAAUUUAGCCGCGACCGAUAGGUUUGAGACUUCCGAACUGCGACAAUUACUUCAAAUUUCGGCGAAUGGAUUUUGAACAUGACGUUCAUAUCCGUCAUUUUCAAUUGCGCAACUUAAUUAGCUGCCUCUCGCAAAAUUGUGUAACAUACGCUGCAAAAACAAAGGUCUUGCAUUAUGACCCCACCAUUGGAUCCACUCCCCGUAUGCUGAUGGAUCUGGGAAAUCCAAGGCUAUCGGCAUUUCAUACCACCUUCAAUGGAUGCCAAAUCUCCACUCUGACCAGCGGACACGAGCUUGUUGUUGCGGGUGGAUUUGAGGGGCAAUACGCUCUGGUUAAUAUCAGGGCCCAUAAGGACGCAAAACACAUUGAAGGCGUAAUCACAGAACAUCCCAACGACAUAACAAACCAUGCCCAAGUUCAUCUUUCGAGAUCAUCAUCAACUUUAGUUACUUUUGCUUCAAACGAUACGGGCGUGAGAACUCUUGAUGUUACAACUAAUAAGUUCAUCUCAAAUCACUAUUAUGAUCAUGCUAUGAACUGCACAGCCGUAUCACCCGAUCGACGUCUACGUGUAUUGGUCGGCGAUACUCGCAAAGUUAUGAUCUGCAAUUCCGAGACAGGGCAAGUUUUACAAGAACUCGAGGGUCAUCUUGACUUCGGAUUCGCAUGUGACUGGUCUGAGGACGGAUGGAUGGUAGCCACCGGAAACCAGGACAUGCAAGUGAAAAUUUGGGAUGCUCGGUAUUGGAAUCGUCCCGUAGCAAGUAUUGCUGCAGAUAUGGCUGGCGUCAGGAAACUCAAGUUUUCUCCCUUGGGCACUGGUAGGCCGAUUUUGGUCGCAGCAGAACCAGCGGAUUAUGUCAAUAUCAUAGAUGCUGAAAAUUUCGCCAGUAAACAGACUCUCAGCUUCUUAGGGGAGAUUGGAGGUUUCGAUUUCACCAAUGAUGGUCAAGACUUGGUUAUUGCAAAUUGCGAUACAUUGAGGGGUGGAAUCAUGGAAUUCGAACGUUGCGAUUUUGCGACCGAAGGCCUGUGUGGGAAAGAUGAACAAAUUCGAUUUAUGAUGUCGGGGAAGAAACGAGACUUUGGCAAUACCAGUAUGGCCGACGACAUAUUGGAGGAGCCACUGGAACUACGAGGCACUACGAAGCGCAGAGAGAAAAGAGCAGCUCUUUUAACAGAUUUAGGGUUAUUUUAAGCAUUGCGAUACGCCAAAAAUAUCGGUCAAGAGUUAGUAUUUACAUUGUUCGAGGGUCUAUGCAAUUAUUUUCAAAUAAUACCUCAAGUAAUUGAAGGGUGUUGCUUAGAUUUCCUCCCUUUUAACGAAAUCGAAAACCUUUACCUUCACCUUAUUCCUUCUCAUUCAGUUUCGAAUUCACCGGCAGCCAGCUCAGCUCUCAGAGCUAACGCAGCGUUUUUCUUUUGUUCUUUUGGCAUUAUUUGGAGUCAGUCAUUCAUCAUCAUCUUUGGCGAUUCGGCAUGUGGGAUGGAUGAAUGGCAUAUUGGGAGGGAAAACAUUUGCAUGGAAUGAUGAAUACCAUUUGGGUCCAAUUAUUUGCGACAUGGGCACAUAUCUUAGGUUCAGAUAUUGUAUCCUGGUCUCUAAUAUGGGCUACACUACGAAUUUUUUAAGUUAGCGAUGGAGUUGGGAGCGAGUCCUUUUUUGCUCAAUUUCACCCUCAGCGAUUUUAUUGGGCAUUAUUUUUGGUUUGGUUGGAAGGAUUCGGUACAGAUGAGAUUGGGCCAUAUGGUAUAUGGAAUGGGAAUGGGAAUGGGAAUUCAAAUGCAUAUGGAGCAUUACAGUUUGUCUAUAUUUUACUUCUCUUUAAUCUAUAGGCAUCUUCGGAGAAGCUGUCAGGUAUCUUCAGUAGGAACUCGGAAGGAAAAAGUUUCAGGGCUUGAACUUGAAUUUGUGGUUGAGAUGUGAGAAUGGAUUAUGGAUUUUGCCAGCCGGGAGUACAUGGAGAGUUUUAAGUGGACGGAAGGAUUGAGGGAAUGUCUGUGGUAUGGAUUGGAAUGCAGCGGGAUGAAAUGAAAUCGUAUAUAGUAAUCUCGAUGGCAUGGAUGAAUAUACAAAAGUUAUUGUUCCAGCGGAUCUCACUC